AUGGGGGAGCCCGGCAGAGCUGGGGGGCGGCCGGGGGUCCUGGAGCCCUUGGGAGUCUCAGAGCCCUCAGAGGUCCCGGGGCCCUCAAGGGACUUGGAGCCCUCAGGGGUCUCGAAGCCCUUGGAACCCUCGGGGCUCCCAAAGUCAUUGGAGCCCCCGGGGGUCUCAGAGCCCUCAGGGGUCCCGGGGCCCUCAAGGGACCCAGAUCCUCCGGGGGUUUCAGAGCCCUCGGGGGUCUCAAAGUGCUUGGAACCAUCGGGGGUCCCGCAGCCCCUGGAGCCCCCGGGGGUCCCGCAGCCCCUGGAGCCCUCGGGGGUCUCGGAGCCCCCGGGGGUCUCGGAGCCCCCGGGGGUCCCGCAGCCCCUGGAGCCCACGCCGCCCCCCGAGCUGCUGGAGCAGCUCCUGCAGCAGCGCCUCGGGCCCCUGCCCCGGCCCGCGCCCAUCGUCCGCCUGCGCCGCGGCCCCGACGGCGGCUACGAACCCACCGGGGACCCGGCCGAGGUGCUGGAGCGGCGGCAGGCGGCCAACGCCAAGGAGAGGGAGAGGAUCCGGAACCUCAACAGCGCCUUCUCGCAGCUGCGCUCGCUGGUGCCGCUGGUGCCGCGGCACCGCCGGCCCAGCAAGGCGGGCACGCUGCGGGCGGCGGCGGAGUACAUCGGGCUGCUGCGGGGGGUGCUGCAGGAGCUCGGUGCUGAGCAGGAGUUGGGGGGCACGGCCGGGGGGGCCCCCAAGCCUGGUCUGGCCGAGGCCCCCGUGCCCCUGGGGACCCCCCAAACCUGGGGCACGCCCCCUCCCCAAAUUGGCCGCAUGCAGGUGUGGGGGGGAGGGCUGCAUCCCUCCCCUCCCCCCGUGCUGGGCCUUCAUCCCCGGGUGGUGCCGAGCUCAUCCUCAUCCCCCCCCGGGGCGGGGGCGAUGCUGCGGCCCCCCCGCCCCAGCCCCGCUCCAUCCCGGUUUUAUCCCGGUUCCAUCCCGGUUUUAUCCCGGUUCCAUCCCGGUUCCCGCUCCCCCCCCGCCCUGCGGCUGCCGCAGCGGCGCUGGGCGCGGCGCGGGCGGAGGCGGCGAUGGAUGGAUGGAGGCGGGGGGGAUGGAUGGAUGGAUGAUGGGAGGGGGAACCCGGGGUGGGGGCGUCCAAAGCCCCCCCUGCCUUCCCCAGGGGUCAGCGCGGCCCCCCCGGAUUUAUCCCCUCCCCCCCGGUGA